AUGCAGAGGCGAAUGUUAACAAAAGAAGACGAGGUUACAGCCGGGGACGAGGUUCAAGUCCGCCGCGAGGACCAAGACAAGAUCAACAGAUUCAGCCGUCUGCACCAACGAGAGCUUGUACUCCAAGAGGAACUCAAAGCCAAGAACAAAGAAAAAGAGGAGCUCGACGACGUCACCAUGGAGCUGGAGCUGGCCGAUGAAGACGACUCGGUCCCCUACAAGGUCGGCGACGCCUUCUUCCACGUCCCUCUACCGCAGGCUCAGGAGAUGCUCGGCACCUCGACCGCCAAGGUAGAGAGCCAGAUUGAGGAUAUCGAGGACCGUCUGGGCUCGAUCCGGGAGGAAAUGACACAGCUCAAGGUCGAGCUGUAUGCGCGCUUCGGAAAGAGCAUCCAGCUGGAGACAUGA